AUGAUAUUUUUUUUUCUAUCUUUCUUUCUUCUCGUUUUAAACUUUGACUUGACACGAGAUUUCGUUUUCUCCUUUCCUUCUUUCUUUCUUUCUUUUCAUUUCAUAAUACUUUCAAAUAUACAUUGGAUUUCCUUUUCUCUUUCUAUAUUUCAACUUCCUCCUCACCGGUCUUUUCUUUCUUUCUUUCUUUCUUUCUUUCUUUCUUUCUUUUCAUUUCAUAACACUUUCAAAUAUACAUUGGAUUUCCUUUUCUCUUUCUAUAGUUCAGCUUCUUCCUCACCGGUCUUUUCUUUCUUUCUUUCUUUCUUUCUUUCUUUCUUUCUUUCUUUCUUUCUUUCUUUCUUACAUUGGAUUUUCUUUUCUCUUUCUAUAUUUCAGCUUCCUUCUCACCGGUGUUUUAUUUCUUUCUUUCUUUCUUUCUUUCUUUCUUUCUUUCUUUCUUUCUUUCUUUCUUUCUUUCUUUCUUUUCAUUUCAUAACACUUUCAAAUAUACAUUGGAUUUUCUUUUCCAUUUCUAUAUUUCAGCUUUCUCCUCACCGGUCUUUUCUUUCUUUCUUUCUUUCUUUCUUUCUUUCUUUCUUUCUUUCUUUCUUUCUUUCUUUUGAUUUUCUUGUUGCAUUUCUUUGUUCCUUACCAAACCACAUGUCAUAUCUUCCCAAAGGCGUCUUCUCCUGUUCCAUUUCGGUUUCACUUUAUCACCGUCAGAAAUUCACUCGUUUCUAA